CAACGGCGGUCAAUCCAAUCCACUCACAGUUUUUGCGUUGCUUCGCGCGUCUGUCGGCGUCGGCUAGGAAGUUGCAGUUCCUGACGCGCAAAAAGUUUAACUGCCUGAUCUUUGAGAGUCCAACAUGACCUGACAGAGGGUACGAAAAGGAGCUCCUCUCCUUCCAGCGCAACCUUAACGCCCAUUCUACCGCUGUCGGACGUCCGAAUCACGGUAGUUCGCCUCCACGUCUGCGGCUACUGGGGGGCCGGCGCGCUUUCAAAAGCGCUUUCGUCGUGUGAGCGAUCGGGCCGCUACAGCGAAGUAAGAAAACGAAAACCAUGGGCAAGUGCUGCAUCCCGAGCUGUCGCAACUCGCGCGAGCGGAUACCGGGCCUCACGUUUCACCAGAUCCCGUCGAACGAACCGUGUCGCACAAGGUGGAUGGAGGUACUCACCAAGAACGGCGUCAACGCGUUCACCGAAUGGACGCUCGUCUGCGGCGAGCAUUUCACGCACGAAGACUACAAGAUGACAGCGCGCAAGAACUUCCUGCUGCCCUCGGCCGUGCCGUCCGUGUUCACGAUCAGGCCUUGCAGGAACGCGCCGAAGAAACGGGGUCGCAAGCCCAAGGCCUUGCUGCUGCAGCAACAGCAGCAGCAGCAGUUCGCGGCUCGAGCGGGGGCACCGCAAAGAGUGACAGUUCUGCGAUCCGUAGUCGCCGGGGACGCCGAUACUGCGGAUGACGACGAAGACUACGACCCGAGGAGCGGCGGUAGCGUUGGCGUGCGACGCACGGGCCGGCCGCGCAAGCGGAAGGUGUUCACGGACAUGGUGGUCUACAUGCCCAAAACGGCGUCCGACGCGCCACAGGCCGAGGACGACGAAGACGACGCCGGCGAGGAGGAUAUGCAGACGAUCACCCUGACGUUUCCGCGCGAAGACGAAGAUGAAGACAGUGCUUCGGAGGAGUACGGCGCGACGUCGUCUGCUGGGAAGUUGUCGGAAGGCGUGCGUCUCGAAGAGCUCUCGCAGCAGCCUGCUGCCGCAACGCCGGACGAGGCGGUGCAGUUUAGCGAGGGCGGCGAGAAGCAGCCGCCGAAGAACCUGAACGUCAUUGUCUUCACCAAUCAACCGCGGCCGGCGUCGAGUUCCGUUAGGACUCGAACUGACGACCUCGGUGCUGGAAGUGUGGAGGUCAACGAAUCCUCGUCCGAUUACCCGGGCCGGCCCAAGCGACGCUGCUGCCAGAUACAGACACAGCGGCUGCUGUUUUACAAGAGCGUAAUCACUAAGCUCAGGAAACGUGUCCUGGCCCUGGAGGCCAGUUUGGCCGAGAAAGAAAGGGAACUGGCGGCUAUCGAAGCGCAAAAAGACCUUGAAUUGUUGUAGCAUAUGGUGAUCCGUUUUAAGAAUGAAGUGGCAAUGAGAACAUGGCCGUCAUCGUAUUGCAGAUACUGUGUGCAUUAUUUUUGUUGUUCUCCAGGUGUGGCUGUUGAGAAAGAGGCAUGCCACUUUGCAGGACAAGAUGUCCCGUUUUAUGUUCAAAAUAAAGAGUAUGGGUACUCGCACAUACUUAAGUUAUGGGCUGUUGCUACUUCAUGUACCAGAAGGUUUUUGAUUAGCUCGGAAGCUCACUCCUUAAAGGCUUCUUGCAACACAAAACAUUCUGCAGAUUUUCUACUGUUCUAGAUCUGCUAUGCAAGAAGUAGGUUUACGGCAACAUUUCCAUGCUGUUUUGAGCCUGGAAUGGCCUGUAGCUGUUCUCUUUAUCAAUGAAGCACGGCUAGUACAGUAUAAACCCCACGAUGACAAGCGACAGGAUGCAGAUGGUUGUCGUGCCCGCUCGUCACCUACAAGUCGAACCCCACGUGUGCGACGACUUUGGGCGAUGUCGCCCCGGUGCUGCCGGUAUCAGGGCGACAAAUACGCACCCAAACUGGCGUGACGCAUACUGUAAUAAUUUUUGUUUUGCUGUACAGAGCAGCGUAAAGUAUUUCUGAAGGUCUUGCAGUAGGUUUUUUUUAAUCCUUGCACGCAUGAAAAUUCGGUUGUCUGCUCGUUUUGCAAGACAGCCGAUAGUAUCACUGCUGUACAUCCUGUUAUGGCUUCGCGCUAUCGGCUAGUCACUCAUAGCACUUCCAGGCGACGAGAACAAGCAGUCCGAUUGUGCAAUGGCCUGUUUUUCCGCUGGAAGCCAUCGCUCGUUGCUGUCGCACACUAUAUCGUUCUCAUGGGGUUUGAGUUUAAUGCAGUGAUGCCAAGCUGAAGUGUUUGACCUCAGUUGGCUUUCCACAAAUGGCACUGUUGCAUUUGAGGUAGACUGAAAGAGAUAGUGGCACACCUUGGUACUACAACAAGAGACGUAUCGUACUUUGCAUUUACUUACCUUGCGGAUACACGCAAAGUGCAUCGAGUGGCCAGUCGCGCUGCAAUUUUGGGUGUAGCAUUCGUGGGCUUCUUUCACGCUCGGAAAAACACUUAUGUAGCACGUUUUGAGCAACAAAGCUGUAUUGCGAGUUCAUGUUGCUCUGAAAUUUUCUCAUUGACACUUUUCAUCCAAUUAUGAUAUUUGAGAAGUUAAUUAGGAUUAUGUAAUUAGGCGAAAUGCAACAAAAAAUCUGAGUAUCUCCAAGCGACAGCAAACAACAUUAGCUUGGUUCUGUUCAGCCAUGUGGCAUUUGCAUAUUUUUUAAUCUUGGUGCAUGAUAGUUGGGACACCCUGUACAUGCAUGAAAUAGGGCGGCUACAUGCAAGAACAAGUUUGUAGGUUUCCUGAUGGGCUCCCCAAUAUGAAACUGCUUGCAACACCGCGCAGUUUGCAUUUGAAAUCAACCUGGUAGUUAGUCUCUGUGCAGCGGAUGGCAUGAAGUUGAUUCUGUAAAGAAUCUAUCCGACAGACUGGAUGGCUGGCUUACUGGUAGGCUUUAUUAUCCAAAAACACCACCUGUGCUACGAAAAAUGGUUUAAUUCCGACCACUGAGCGUUCCUUAAUGUGUCCCUAAAUCAAAGAGCACCUCUCGCACUUUGCCCACAUCUGAAUUCUUGGUGUGGGUUUUACUCUGAACAGCCGAUUGCAUUCGUUUAUGCAUUUGUUCAUGCUUUGGUUAAAACAUGAUGGAAUGCUACAUCUAGUAAUAUAUCCAGCCUGGGAUAUCGGACCCAGAAUCGGCAUUGAUGGCAUACCUUCGCUCUUCACUUUCCCGGUGUUCGCAUUGUGCUGUGCUUACUUUCUGCAGAAUGCAUGCAUUCAAAAAAAGUCAAUUUUCAAAGAAAUUGAAAGCAUAAGUGAUGAGCUAUAAGAACGAGGAACUCCGUAACAGUCAUCUUGCAGAGUGUUCACUAAGUGGGGGGGGGGGGCGUGUCUCGCAUGUCCUGCUUCCAAAUAGGUGGCGCUCUGGACAGCAAGUGCCCGAUUUAUAGAAGCAAGCUGAAUGCUGCUCCAAACAGCAGAAGAGCUCUUGGUGUUGUCCAAAAGUUUGUCGUAGUUCUUGAAGUACCACCAGAGUUCUGUCUUCCAAAGCACCAGGGGUGUUCUAGAGAUCAGGUGGCAUUCUCUAAACAUAUCCAGGAGACUGGGCAGCUCAUAAGUGCCGUUUGCAGCAAUUGGCUUAGGUUAGGUUUGGAGUCUCGCCGCCGCAGUGCCGUUUCCUUCCCAACACAGGAAAAGCUUCUUAGGCAUCCUUAAAAGCCGUCAAAGGUGUGGCCUGCUUUGCCACAUGCGAAUUUCGAAACACGUUCCAGCAGUUGGAACGUCUGGCAGUGAACACUCGACACAACCAGCUCUUACUUAGUGAAAUCAGAUUUUUUCUUUUAUUUCGUACCUUACACUUGGGUAGACAACUUUGUACAAAAGAAAAAAAAAGGAGAA